CCAGGACCUCUGUUUCCAUAUUCUUUCAACAGAAACAUUUUUCUCUCUUUCUUGAAGCUUUGUUCUGUUCUCUGCCAUGGCGAAACCUAUGGCUAUCGAGGUGUACAAUCCUAAUGGGAAGUACAGAGUCGUCAGCACGAAACCGAUGCCUGGAACUCGCUGGAUCAACCUCUUGGUCGACCAAGGUUGUCGCGUCGAGAUAUGCCAUUUGAAGAAGACAAUCUUGUCCGUUGAAGACAUCAUUGAUCUGAUUGGAAACAAGUGUGAUGGAGUCAUCGGCCAGUUGACGGAAGAUUGGGGAGAGACUCUGUUUUCAGCUCUGAGCAAAGCAGGAGGGAAAGCUUUCAGUAACAUGGCCGUUGGUUACAACAACGUCGACGUUGAAGCCGCCAAUAAGUAUAGCAUCGCCGUUGGUAACACUCCGGGAGUGUUGACUGAGACUACAGCCGAGCUAGCUGCUUCGCUUUCCCUUGCUGCCGCAAGAAGGAUUGUUGAAGCUGACGGUUUCAUGAGAGCUGGCUUGUAUGAAGGAUGGCUUCCUCAUCUGUUUGUUGGGAACUUACUUAAAGGACAGACUGUGGGAGUGAUUGGAGCUGGACGUAUUGGUUCUGCUUAUGCUAGAAUGAUGGUUGAAGGGUUCAAGAUGAAUUUGAUCUACUUUGAUCUUUACCAAUCCACUCGUCUUGAGAAGUUUGUGACAGCUUAUGGACAAUUCUUGAAAGCAAAUGGGGAACAACCUGUGACAUGGAAACGAGCUUCUUCCAUGGAGGAGGUGUUACGAGAGGCUGAUCUGAUAAGUCUUCACCCUGUGUUGGACAAAACCACUUACCAUCUUGUCAACAAGGAGAGGCUUGCCAUGAUGAAAAAGGAAGCAAUCCUUGUGAACUGCAGUAGAGGUCCUGUGAUCGAUGAGGUAGCCCUGGUGGAUCAUCUGAGGGAGAACCCGAUGUUCCGAGUUGGUCUUGAUGUGUUCGAGGAAGAGCCUUUCAUGAAACCAGGGCUUGCUGAUAUGAAGAAUGCCAUUGUUGUUCCUCACAUUGCUUCUGCUUCCAAGUGGACUCGUGAAGGAAUGGCUACGCUUGCAGCACUCAACGUCCUCGGAAGGAUCAAAGGAUAUCCAAUUCUGAGUGACCCUAACCGGGUCGACCCUUUCUUGAAUGAAAACUCUUCACCGCCCAAUGCUAGCCCAAGCAUUGUCAACUCAAAAGCCUUAGGAUUGCCAGUUUCUAAAUUAUGAGUUAAAAAUGUAUGAAGAACGGGAGACUUGGAAGAAUCAUGUUAAUAUACAUAUGAUGGUCUCAAGUUGUGUUCAUGUAAUGUCUUGCAACAACAAUGCUGGAUCAUAAAUAACUCUUUUGAGUGGUGUUAAGUUUGCUGUCUCUUGUCCCAUCAUGCUCUUCAAUCAUGUGUUAUCUUUCAUUUUGCAUUACGUACUUUUUCCAUAAAUUUGCUAUAAGUAUAUUUUCUAAGA